UUGGCGCGCCCUUUCCUUUCACCACUAUUACUAUCUCUCUCUGUGUCUUUCUCUCAAACACUUCCUCUUCUUCGCCCUAGAUCCAUUUCUCUCCCCUCUCCUCCGCCGCAUCGCUCCAUACAAACUUAUCCAAGUGGUUUGAAAUUUUUGAUAGGCUUUAAGGAAAAAUUAGAAGAAUAUAGUUGAAAGAUUGUGAUUUAUCAGUAGGGAAUCCAAAUGGACCUUGGCCGUUGUGAUCAUCUUCAUUAUAUCCAAACUGUUAAAGGUGGUUUGGUUACUAAAGUUCUAAACGUUUUUCGUGGGCGGCCAAAGCUUUCUUUCAGAAGUCUCGCAGAUAUACAUGAACGCGAGAGCCUUAUGGUUGAUAAUGAUGAUGGAAAGGCUGAAAGAGUGUGCAUUGAUGUAAUAGAGGAAGGAAUAGUGAAAACUGAACCUGAUGUUUUGGUAUGUGAUGCUGAUGACGGAGAUGCUCAGGGAAUCCAUGACUUGGGUGAUGACGAUGAUGAUGAUGAUGGUGAUUUUUCCAUUUUUACCCUAAAGCAACUUAAAAAAAGUUGCAAAUCUAGGAAGAGGAAACGCUCACAUGGUCUCAACUCUUCUAGAAUAAAAAUUAAUCCGUCAACUGUGGAAGACUACACAGAGAGGCAAAUGGAAGAAGACGAUCCUGAUUUAAUGGAGACUCUCAGUAGCUUGAGAAUGAAACUAUCAAAGAAUAUGAAGACCAAGAAGAAGAAGAAGAGCCUAAAAGACCUUCCAAAGUCCUCCCGGGAGAUUGUGCCAGUUGAGCAAUCAGAAGAGAUACUUGACUGUCAAGAGUUCUUGCCCUCUAGUGGAGAUUCAGCUGCUCAUGUUGAAGUUAAAGUUGAGCCUAAUGUUUGUUUUGAUGGGUCAGAUGACUGUUCUGGUAGAGAAAGUAAAGGAGAUCACCCAAUUUCCUCCCAAGUGUUUGUGCUUGUUGAUGAAUUUGAAGAGGUAUUAGAUGGUCAGGAGUUCUCACCCUCCAGCGGGGAUUCAGUUGCUCUUGUUGAAGUGAAUUCUGAGUGUCCAGAAAAUGAUUGUUAUGGUGGGCCAGAUUACCUUUCCGGUAAAGAACGUAAAGAAGACCACUCAAUGUCCUCACAAGAGAUUGUGCUAGUUGACAAAUCUGAAGACAUACAAGGUAGUCAGAAGUUCUCACCCUCUAAUGGGGAUUCAGCUGUUAUUGUUGAUGUAAAUCACGAGUCUCCUGAAGAUGAUUGUUUCGACGGGCCAGAUACCUGUACAGAAAGUAAACAAGAUGCAGAGAUACCUUUUGAAUGGAAUUUGCAAAAUGAAUUAAAUUACAAAUGGAAAAACUUUUUUGAAAGUAUUCCAGUAGGAGUGGUGAAGCCAUCUAGUAUGGAUAAUGUAAGAAGUAAUUCUGAACUAAGCAGCAACCAGGUUACAAACUUUCCUGCAAUAGAAUUUGAAGCCCAUGGUAACUCCAACAUUUCUGACAAUCAACUUGAUGAUGACACUGAUAUACCAGUCUCGCCACCUGAAAUAACUAGUCAUAAAAAUGUUAACUAUACAGGUCUGGAGGUUAGAGAUGAUACAGCUGGUGCUGAAGUUCAAGAUAAGCCCUGCUCCACUAUUGAGCAUGGACUCAAUCCUGAUGGAUAUCUGGUUUGUCACUCAGAUGAUUCACCUGAAUAUGAGAGUAAACAAUCAUUUGGUUCUGUGUGUGAGGAUGACACUGGUACAUUAGUCUCAUCUCCUAAAAUGACUAGUCAUAAAGACCUUGACUGUGCAGGUCUGGGGCUUAGAGAUGAUAAUACUCUACUCAAUAACUGCAAUAAAAAUGAGUAUUCAGCUCGAGCAGAGGAUCAGGAUAAACUCUGCUCUACUACUGAACAUGUCCUCAACCCUGAUGAUUGUCUGAUUCUUCCCUCAGAUGAUUCACCUGAAUACGAGGAGAAGCAAUCUUUUGUUUCCUUGUGUGAUGGUGAGCCUGAAUACGAGGAGAAGCAAUCUUUUGUUUCCUUGUGUGAUGGUGAUAAAAUACAUGUCGAUGAGGCUACUGAUGAAUUGACAUCUUGUGAUGAUCAUGAAGGGUCAAAGCUGCAUGGUCCUGAAAGGCUAUUAUCAACCAGAAAGGCCAUUUCGCCAACUUCUCAGGAAAAGCUCUGCAAAGCCAUGGACUCCAUUGAUAUUCGUCGUACAAACAAUCUAAAAUGCAAAGGAGUGCUGCAAUUUACUGAGCAAACUGAUAAGAACGGUGAUGCAAAAGGGCUUAAUGAUAUCACAAGAACUGCGGUUACUAAUAACCCUAACAAAACUGGAGUUACUCCAAAGACUUCAAAAAGUGGUAUCAGUCUUAAGGCUGUUCCCAAGAUUCGUAAUUCUUCUCGCUCAGCAACUCAUCUGGGGUGCAGCACGUUACAAAAUUGCUCAAAGAGUGCUAUUUCAUUUUCAAAGCAGCAGAUGCAUGAUGCAGAAUCUCUUGCUAUGAAACUCACAAAAGAGUUGAAGUCAAUGAAGGACAUUGUGGAUGAUAUGUUACGAUCUGAAUUCUGUCUUAAUACCUCUUUGAGAUAUAAAGUAAAUGAGGCAAGAAUGGCUGUCAAGAGUGCCACAAAAGCUGAAGAAGGUGCAAAGAGGUGGCUGUCCUUCAUGUCAAGGGAUUGCAACCGUUUCUGUAAAAUAAUGAAAUUAUCUGAUAGUAGCUCUUCAACUCCACAAGACCUAGUCUCACCUCCCCCAGAAGUAGUGCGUAAAGAGAAAAAAAUUGCCUUCGCCGAUGAAGCAGGAGGAAAGCUCUGCCAGGUUAGAAUCUAUGAGGAUGAUGAGGAACAUUUGCCAGAAUCUAAAUGAAGGGAAAUACUGCUUUAAUAGCACACGACAUUUUCUGUAUAUUAACUUCUUAAUAGCCCCCUUGUAUUAAUAGAUUGUUUGAUGGAAAUUUUGUUUGUUCUCAUCUGUGCAACAAGUUAAGUCAAUUGAUAUGUAUCAAGCUGAGUGAAACCAAUUGUCCAAAGAUGAAGUUCUUAAUGGUAGUAUUUUCUGAUUCUUUUUAUUUUUUGACACAAAAGUACUGGAUUGUAUUUUAUACACUAUCAAAUUUGUGUUUGUCAAAAUA